CGUAUCGAGUGUCAAAUCGAGCGAGAUCCGCCUGUAAUAAUAAAGUGAGACUAUAAAGAUGCGUGAAAAUGGCAGUAAUAUUUGAUUAUUAAAAAGUGGGUGGGCGUGCUCCCGUGGCGUUCGUGCCAGGCAUGCUAAAGGCAGCUGGCGUAUGGAGGUUGCCGUGUGUUGAGCGUGUGGUUGAUCAUCGGAACUACCGUGUCGACGGGGGGGUUGCGGGUCAGAUCGACGAUGUUUUGUGGCGUGAUAUACACCUAGAGGUGGCGUCCCAGAAAUGUUCAAGCGGCUGAAGGAAAAAAUCGUGGAAGAAGUGAAGCAGUCACCCAUACGAUUCCCGCAGUUUCCAGCAGGACAGGCGGGCCCUGGAGAAAGCGGUAGCAACAGCGAUGCAUCCUUUAGCAUUACUGAAGAUGACCAGCAACCAAACGAGGAGGAUGGUGCAAGCAACAGCACAGACCUGCUGCCGCUGUACCGGCCACCCGAGAACAGCCCGGCUUUGGUCGCCCCCUCAGAUGCAGAGAGUGAGACAGAAGAGCUCAGCCUGGACCACAUCUCCAAAGAGGAACUCUGGGCGGCAUUUCAGACUGCUCGUGCACGUGUCCGCAAAUACCGCAACAAGUACUCGGAGGCGGUUCAAGCAUACCGUUCCUUGGAUACGGAAAAGGAGAAGAUUAGGCGCAUCUUGAGCGAGAGCCAGGACAAGGCCUUGCGCCGCAUGGGUGAGCUGCGUGAGCAGGCCCAGCUGGAGCAGCAGGCCAAGGCGCACCUGGAGGAGAACCUGCGCUGCCAGCUGGAGGAGAAAGAGCACAUCAUCCAGACGCUGGAGACCAAGGUGGCCCUGCUGAAAGCCAACAAUGCCAUUCCCGGUGCCCCGUGUGACACCACGGCGCAAGACGAAGAGCUGGCACACUACAAGGAAAAGGUUCAGCGCCUGGAAACCCUGAUGGCCAAGUGCAAGGAUACAAUCCAGAACAGCCGUGAGCGGUCCACUCAGCUCAUGCAGGAGAGGGAAGCUCUGGCCCGAGCACUUGACGAAAAAGGACGCCAGCUGCAGCAGCUGCAGGAAAGUGAAGCAGAGGCGCAGGCCAAGUGGCGCAUGGAGCAGCAAGAGCUAGAGCAGCAAGCACGCCAGCUGUCCGAGUCUCUUGAUGCUGCCUCAGCCGAGCGAGCCCAGCUUCAUAAACAGCUGUCUGAGAUCAAAGCGCAGCACCAGCAGCAGCUGGCUGCACUGGAAAAAUCAUUGGAUGAAGAACGCUCGCGCGCCAAAGUGGCCGAUCUCGGGCUUCUCAAGCAAGAGUGUGACAAGAAGAUAGCAGCAGCCGAGCACAACUGGGUUCAGAAGCUGGAAGCGUCUGAGAAAGAAUACCACAGACGGAUCUCAGAAAAGGAAAAUGAGCUGCGACGAGUGGCUAAGAAGCUGUCAGAGCUGAAGUCGAUAACUGAGGAGUCGGAAGAGCAGGAGGGCACGGAGGAUGCUGAAACUGGACACGGGGAUGGCCUUCUGAGAGACAUCGAAUCUUACCAGCUGGUGAAGCACAACCUGGAGCAGAGCGUGCAGCAGCUGAAGGCUGAGCUCACCACUGAGCAAGAACGGGCAGCACAAGUUCAGUUGCAGCUGAAUGAAGAAGUUGGUCGACUGCAGGCAGAGCUGCAGAAACAAACGAACACAUUCCAUGACCUGCAGGCACAGCUUGACAAAGCUCUGCAGAAGCAGCGCCUUUCAGCAGCUGAACAUAAUCAGCAAAAGCGUGUGAGGGAACUGGAAGAAUCUCUCCAGGAAGUCCAAGACAGCCUCGGGAAGCAGCUGUUCGAAGCUGAGGCACUUGCCAAGAGUUAUGAGGAACAGUUGCAGGCCCUCCAAGAGCGACUUGCCAGCAGCACGAAAACGGUGGCUACUCAUCAGCCAAGUGAUGGACACCAGCAGCAGGCACACAAGUCUGAAACGUCAGGCCAUACAGUCAAGGUUGAUGAAGAGGCAGACACACCAGCAGCCACGCAUGGUAGUGGAUGGGACGACGCAUGGCCAGAUGAGGAGGAGUGGGGUCCUCGUGAGUGCCCAGCUGAUGAGAGAAUAGAAGCUCUCCAAAUGACUCUUGGCCGUUACCGGGACGAAAUCAACGACCUGCGCUGCAUUUUGCGUGCCCAGCAGAACAACAAUGCUACAAACCACACAGGCAAGAACCCUGUGCAGCUCCCCGAGCCCACAGAAUAUGAGUACUUGCGGAACAUCCUGUUUGAGUACAUGAUGGGAAAAGAGACAAUGACGCUGUCCAAGGUCAUUGCAGCUGUGCUCAAGUUUAGCGAUGAGCAGAAGAACCAAAUAUUGCAGAGACAAGAGGCCAGACAGCCACAGGUCAAUUCUGAGACGAGUUUUGCAUCUUCAGAGGCGCAAGUCAAAUCCUGAACGUGAACAGUACCCCGGUGGUUGCAGCGUGCCUAGAGCGAGCAGAAGCUGCGCAGUGAACACGACUGCUCCAUUUUUUGCAAAAGCGCCGUGGCCACAGCAUUCGCAGCAGAAGUGGAAAAGUGCUGUGCAUAUCAUCUACAACAAACACUUAGUGGUGCUGCCUAACAAGCACACGCACGUCUCAUCAAGCUCUCCACUGCGUGCACCCUUCAAGUGGAUGGUACCCCGUGACAAUUCUUGUGCAAAUGGAUGCGCGUUUGCACGGUCAUCAUUUCUUGCCACUGUGACUAGCAUCGCAAGACUAGAGGCAUGUCUGCAAUACAGCUUCAAGGUGGCAUUGCGAUGCCAGUUGCAGCAUGUGAUAUAACAGGAGGAGGUCCAAAAAUAAUGGAUUUUGAAUAAAGUUAGGGAAGGCUA